AUGGACGCCCCGCAACACGGCAUUGCCAAGCGUAGAAACCGCGCAUGCGAUGAGUGCGCCCGGCGUCGCUACUGCGACGUGCCCUCAUUCACUGGCACUGGUGAUACUUUAGAUGUGCAUGGUGAAGCACGCCAGCCGCUUCGUGUGCUCCCUCGCGGGACUGAUCAGCCCGCUGAUCCAGAUGUUGCACUACUCUAUGAGAGAAUUGCUCAUCUAGAGGAGCAGUUAGCUCGCCUACAGAAGCGUCCCUCAACCACGCCAGUCGAGCCCACAUAUCCACCAGUGGUUGGUGUCACGUUCGACAUUGAGGAGCUUGAUUACUCUAUGGAACACCUGAACUUGGGCUUAGCAAGUAAUGAUAACGACCCAGAGGAUGAAACUACCCUAUUUUCAUAUUUGGAUUGUCAUCUACUCCGAUUCUCAUUGCCUUCUAGGAUCACUAGUACUAGAGUUGUUCGCUUCGUUUUAGACCAGUUGGGUUGGCUUCACUGCGCCUUGAAUGCGUCUGAAUUCGAAGCUGAGCACGAGAAAUUCUGGGAUUUGCUCGAGUCUCAGUCUCCUUAUCAACAAGAGCCAGGGGCUUCAUUCAGCUGUGUAUACCUGGCCAUCCUCUCGGUGAGUUUCUACUACAUGGAUAUAUCCCAUGAAGCUGUGCAGAAUUUUGCCUUUUACAAUACUGAAGGAUCAACCCUUCCUGUACCCAAGACGGAUGAAGAUCUAGCCAUCCUAUCGCGCCAUUGGUAUUGGGCUGUGCUUCAGUCCCUCGAAGACAGUGAUUUCCUCGGCAAGCCCAGACUUUCAACAGUUCAAACUAUUGCCAUCUUAACAUUGGUAAACUCGAGCUUUGGACAGAAUGAUCGGGAGUGGAUGUUAAUCGGGAUUGCUGUCAACAUUGCCCGUAUCUUGAACAUGCAUCGACUAGCCAAUGAACAGACACUGGCCAAGCGGAUAUCUGCACUCCCCCAGUGGCGCAGUCUUGCGCAGCGGAACCUCGGUCGUAGACUAUGGUGGACGUUGGUCAUUUGCGACUGGAUGGGUGUCAUGAGCAAUCGCCCGACUAUACCACAAAAUAGCUUCGACACAGUUCUCGAUGUCGAAAGCGGUGCUGACGAUAUUAUGACCUGCGAAGUUACCAGCAUUUCGAACGAGGCCUUCUCCGAUCUGCCUUCGAGCCUUUCUUAUCACCAAUUGAUGGCCAACCUAGCUGGAGUAAUCCGUAUAUACGUCAAAUCUGGUCGCAGUUACGCACCCCAAAACUUGAUUACAGCCAUGCAUGAGGUUGAGAAACUGCAAAGCCAAUUUCCUGAAUGGCCAUUGUCGUCUGGGGAAUCCAGUGACAAUAUUGAGGCUACAUUCCCUUGGAUACCUCUUCAGCAAUAUUUUGCUCUCCACGCCAUCCAAUUCAUGCGGUUGACAAUAGCAAGAUUCUUCUUCACUCGGUGGAUGAAACGACAGCCGGAUCCUGAAGGUCUACAUAUGAAGGCUUGUAAGGCUGCAGAGAUUAUUGUGGCACAGAAGAGACAAUCUGUACCAACUAUCUACCGCAGGAAUUGGAUAGUUUGUGCAGCUACUGUAGCUGCUGGCGUAUUCCUCUGUCUCGAUCUUCUUUUCUUUAGCACUGGCGAAGAUAUUACACAGAUACGACGUCGAAGAAAGUCAGUACAGAUAUGCAUCGAUGCGUUACAAGAGAUGGGUUCAACGAAUGUGGUAUCGUCACGGGGUUCGGCGGUUUUGGAUGCUCUUUUGAAAAUACACCUGUCUUGGUCUAACACGGCUGUUCCGGACCACGAGUCCUUGAGGCAUGUCAUUGCUCAAGUCCACCAAGCUCAGGCAUUGGCACCAGAGGCAAUUACCCAGUGGGAACGCCCUAGAAAGUUUCUACAUCCACAGCCAAACUUUUACGGUCCAAUGGAGACUACGCCUUCAUGGAACCCAACUGUCUCGCCUCAAUACGGCCAAUUGGGAUUGAGUACAAGUGCCCCCUUGUCUAAAGUCACUGCUGAAGGAACAGAACUUGGUACGGAAUCACAAAAGGGAGCCGACUCUGACAUGCAGUAUGCUUGGGAUUAUUUGAUGAGCGCCAGUACUCCUCACCCAACCACAUCACGAACCGAUAACUCGGAGCUGGAGGAGUUGGAAGAUUUCGACAAUCCAUUUCAGUUCGACGAAACGAUGCAGGAUAUGAUGUACCUAUCAAAUAAAAGUUCACGUUAA